GCUCGGCGGCGUUCGGUGCUGAAGUGGGGCGGAUGGCAGAAAAACAGCGGCGAUGGACAUUACACCGCGGAAUUCCCAUUUAACAUGUCGUCGAAUAAACGUCUGAACAUCGCGUCUUCUCACCCAUCAUCCUAGGACACUGACAGCGCGACACAAAGCGAUGUACAUUCCAGUCCAUAAAUGACCCUGUCACUUAGAUCCAGGGAGGCCUAGAAGGCGACGGCAAGAGAGUCAAAAGGAGCGAGUGAAGUAAGGAGACAAGGGGAGGAACUAUUCCACUUCACCUCAGCUUUUGUAUCCCUUUCUGUGCCAGUGGGUCAGGGAUGGUGAGACCAGUAACUUCUCUUGUCUGUGGUGAAAAGAACCUCCUUGCCUUGCCUUGUGUCUCCAAGAAGUCAGUGUUUGAGUCAGACAACUGCUCAGAGAGCCCACCAGUCAUUCACUCUGCUAUCAUCCAGCAACACAUAACCUCACACCAUGACUGCUCUGUCUGACCUGUUUUUAGAAACUCACUAAUUCAUGCCCCAGAGUGUGAGUGGAGUGGAGAUGAGAAAAAGGCAGGCGGCACACAUUGAGGCCCCACCCCAGGCCCCCGGACAGCCCCGACCUAACACCUGCUGCCUCUGCUGGUGCGGCUGCUGCAAGUGUCUCUGGAACGAAGACAGGAUGGAGAGGAGUGAACGACAGACCUGCACCAAGAUGGACAGUAUUGAAGCGGCAGAAGAACAACACCCCAGUCUAGAGGAGAUGCUGUCAUGGGCUCGGAGCUUUGAGAUGAUGCUGCGCUCUUUGGAGGGCCGAGAGGUCUUCAGGGAGUUCCUGCGCUCAGAGUACAGCGAGGACAACCUGCUUUUCUGGAUGGCCUGUGAAGAGCUGAAAAAAGAGACAAAUCCAUCAGUGGUGGACGAGAGGUCCAGGAUCAUAUACGAAGACUACGUGUCCAUAUUGUCACCCAAAGAGGUGAGUCUGGAUUCGCGGGUCAGAGAAGGAAUAAACCAGAGCCUCACUGAGCCCAGCAACCUUAUGUACGAGGAGGCCCAGCUCCAGAUUUACACCCUGAUGCACCGCGACUCCUUUCCCCGUUUCCUUAACUCCUCCACUUACAGAGACCUCCUGGCCAGCAGGAGGCGCACCUGCCUCGACACCUAGACCCCUCCACCCUCCCUCAUAGCCAUUGUACGCCAACGAGACUACUACUUAAACUUCAAAUACUACUAUGGUGCCAGAAGUUGGGUUUGGAAAAAUCUUUCCCUCUCUUUUGAUUGAAAAGACUGAAUGACAUCCAAGAUAGCUGGUUGUUUUUUUUUUUUUAUUUAUAUUUUUUAAGCAAUUUAUAUCCAGUUCUCCACUGGAGCCAGGUCAGCCUUUGCUGGUUAGUUAUUGGUCAGUUUAGGACCAUUAAUGCUGGCCAGUGAUUGUUUUGCUAGCGAUUAGUGCUGUUAGUUUUGGUUGACUGGCCAACCCAUGUGUCAGCUGUUGAUGGAAGUGGCCUACCUGUUGGCCGACUGUUGGUUCCCUGUGGACAAGGACUCCUCAGGUGGUGGUGGUGACAGAAAGAGAGAGACAAAAAGGACAAGCCAACUGUUCCUGUACUGUAAUAUUUAGACCUCAUAUUUUCUACCCUCACUUUGAUGUUCUCUCUUUCUCUAACUCAUUCUCUCCAUGUUAUUUUUUUGUUUUUUUAAUUCUGUCCCAUUCCUCACAUAAUAUGUUCUCUUCACUGUCCAAACUUGGUGGCGGUUUCUGCCCAUUUAACCAGUAGGAGCACUGGCUCUGCUUGUGAUUCUCUCUCAACAGAAGGAACCUGUUCCUCCGUGUGGCUGUUUUUGUACAGUGAAGGGAAAAGGUGCACUUCUAUCAAUUUGAAGCUUACUGCAGUUUUUUUUUUUUACUGAGAGGGGGGUUUGAUGCAGAAGCAGCAUCCAUUCAUCAAUCCAUCCAUCCAUCCGUCCAAGCACUUUCCCUCUUUACGAUUCUUUAACUGGGAGAUGUAAGGGCUAGAAUUGUGGUUGGGCAGCUACAUGUACUAUUAUUACUCAUGACAAAAAAAAAAAUACAAUGCCUUUACACGGAAGAAAAGGCAGCACAAGUGCUGCUGGAGUUUUGCUGGAAAAGCAACCACAGUUUGUCCAACGAUCCCUACCUCCCAUCUCCCCCCCUCUCCCUCCGACUCAGACCAUCACAGCCUGACAAGCACAGGUGCCCAAAUAUGGGGGGGAAAAUAACCAGUGGAGAAAAGAAAACCAAACCCUCACUGACUCCAAAUAGUCAUCUGCAUUUAGAAACUCGUGAGCAGGAAAGAGGAUGUUUUCUUUCUGAAGUUUCACCAUGAAUUGAGCAUUAUGGGAAGCUUAUGCAGCAGGCACUGAUUCAAUUCUAAAGUGGUUAUUAAACCCUGACUGUUGUCUAGCUUUAGACACUGUAGGAAACAUUACAGUCCUUUGGAGUUGGACGUACAAUAUCGCGUUGCAGAUGCAUGAACCAGGUGCCAAACGUGUCAGUGACGCUGUGACAAGAUUUUCAGUGUGACUGGUCGCCAGGCUGGAGCGUGCCAGUCGCUGUCGUUGUCCGAUUGUCCGGCAGACGAAGUUGACAAAGUGUAUGGUAGUGUGUUAGUGAACUGCUGCCCUACUGAUGUUUAAUUAUUAUUUUUUUUUACCAGAGCUAAUGAAAAGGAUUGAUAUAAUAAUGAGCCUUUUUUUUUUUUUAGAAUAAAAAGGCUAACAAUGUUUCAGCAUGCGGUAGGUAAGCAGUUAGCAUGCUAGUGCUAGCCUUGCUAAUCCUCCACCCCCACUGCCAGCCCUCACACGUUCACACACCGGUUUGUUUUUCUAAUCUGAUUUUGAUAGCAUGCGUUGAUAAUGGUUAUGUGUGUGUGUGUGUGUGUGGUAAAGUUACACACUGAACCGGUAAAUAAAAUAACGGAAAAAUAUAAACUCUUUGGGGGAGGGGGGCGUGGUCUUGCCAAAUGUCCCAUCAACAUUUUUAGUAUAUAAAAGGACUUUUUUUAUGAUGUGAACAUUUGAACUUUGUUCCUGGCGUGUGAACGUGCAGUAGAACGUGCAUGAGUGCAGUAUAUGCUAUUUUUUUAAUUAACCAGUGUGUUCAUCAUAUGGUGAAUAGCUGAAGUCCUGGUUCAGCGUUUUUUUUAAAGUGCCACACCUCACAAAUAAGUGUAGACAUCCAAGUUGCCACCUCCUUUAACUACCUGAAGUUCACGUGCCAAAUUUGAUAGCAACUAAAUUUAACUAUAUGAGAAGAUAUAGGAUGUAGAGAUGACGAUAGAGGUGCAAUUGCAUAUAUUGGGGUUUAUUUAAAUCUUAUGUUCAGGUUUCCCACCGGCCCUUGAAAUCCUUGAAAGUUGAAUUUGAUAACCCAAACCCAUGGGUCAUUGAAAGUAUGUGCAAGAAAGAAUUUAAGUUGAUAUUUAGGUAAAUGUCUCCCUUGUUUGAGAUUCCAUGCAGAACGAUGAGUGAGUGACGCUAAGCAAGAGAAAGCAAAUUCUAAGAUCUCUGGCUCACCCAAGAAAGAUCCCAAGGACAAUCACUUGCUGUAAAUC